UGUGACGAUCCUCUCGUACCUGCCUUGCCUCAGGCAGCCUUCAGCAGUUCUUCUGAGCUCUCCAGCAGCCACGGUCCUGGCUUUGCCAGACUAAAUAGAAGAGAGGGAGCCGGCGGCUGGUCACCACUGGUGUCGAAUAAAUACCAGUGGUUGCAGAUUGACCUUGGGGAGAGAAUGGAGAUCACCUCCGUGGCCACCCAAGGGGGCUACGGGAGCUCCAACUGGGUGACCAGCUACCUCCUGAUGUUCAGCGACAGUGGCAGGAACUGGAAGCAGUAUCGGCAGGAAGACAGCAUCUGGGGUUUUUCAGGGAAUGCAAAUGCAGACAGUGUAGUGUACUAUCGGCUCCAGCCUUCUAUCAAAGCCAGAUUUCUACGCUUCACCCCUCUAGCAUGGAGCCCUAAGGGCAGAAUUGGAAUGCGAAUCGAAGUGUUUGGAUGUGCAUACCGGUCAGAGGUGAUUGAUCUUGAUGGAAAAAGUUCUCUUCUCUACAAAUUUGAUCAAAAAUCCCUGAGCCCAAUAAAAGAUAUUAUUUCCUUGAAGUUUAAAACCAUGCAGAGCGACGGAAUUCUACUCCACAGAGCAGGGCCAAGUGGAGAUCAUAUUACCUUGGAAUUAAAAAGCGGAAAACUCUUUCUACUUAUCAAUUCAGGUGUAGCUAAGCUGUCCCCCACUCACAGCAUGAUCAAUUUCACCCUGGGCAGCCUGCUGGAUGACCAGCACUGGCACUCCGUGCUUCUCCAACGUCUGGGCAAGCAGGUCAACUUUACAGUGGAUGAACACCGGCACCGUUUCCACACACAGGGAGAAUUCAAUUACCUGGAUCUUGAUUAUGAGAUCAGCUUUGGAGGGAUUCCAGCACCUUCAAAAUCAGUGUCUCCCCCACUUAACAAUUUUCAUGGAUGUUUAGAAAAUCUCUAUUACAAUGGAGUGGAUAUCAUUGAUUUGACCAAGAAGCAAAGCCCACAAAUCAUCAUUAUGGGAAAUGUGUCAUUUUCUUGUUCACAACCACAGUCUGUGCCCCUGACUUUCCUGAGCUCCAGGAGUUACUUAGCACUGCCAACCUUUUCCACUGAGGAGGAGAUAUCGGUCAGUUUUCAAUUUCGCACCUGGAAUAAGGCAGGACUUCUUCUUUUCAGUGAACUGCAUCUGGUUUCUGGAGGUCUCCUCCUCUUGCUCAGUGAUGGAAAACUUAAGCUGAAUCUCCAUCCACCAGGAAAAUUACCCAGUGACAUCACAGCAGGUGGAGGGCUAAAUGAUGGACAGUGGCAUUCCGUCGCCUUGUAUGCGAAAAGGAAUCACCUGAGUUUGCUUGUGGACGGCCAUGUGACCGCUACUUCUCCUCUGCUGGCGCCUGAAAUUUAUUCAGGGGACACUUACUAUUUUGGAGGUUGUCCUGAAAAAAGCUUCGCAUCAAAGUGUAAAAGCCUGCUUGGAGGAUUCCAGGGAUGUAUGAGACUUAUUUCCAUCGGUAAUGAAGUGGUAGAUCUGAUUGCAGUUCAGCAGGGGUCUCUCGGAAACUUCAGUGACCUCCAGAUAGACUCCUGUGGCAUCUCGGAUAGGUGUUUGCCUAACUAUUGCGAGCAUGGAGGUGAAUGUUCUCAGUCCUGGAGCACCUUUCACUGUAACUGUACCAACACUGGCUACAUGGGGGCCACCUGCCACAGCUCUAUCUACGAGCAGUCAUGUGAAGCUUAUAAACACAGAGGAAAUACCUCAGGGUUUUAUUACAUAGAUUCCGAUGGAAGUGGUCCUCUGGGGCCAUUCCUUCUCUAUUGCAACAUGACUGAAACUGCAUGGACCAUCAUACAGCACAAUGGCUCUGACCUAACAAGAGUCAGAAAUACUCAUCCAGACAACCCAUAUGCUGGUGUUUUUGAGUACACGGCCAGCAGGGAGCAACUCCAGGCCACAAUUAACCGUGCGGAGCACUGUGAACAGGAGCUUGCGUACUACUGUAAGAAAUCCAGGCUUGCGAACCAGCAAGAUGGAACUCCUCUGAGCUGGUGGGUUGGAAGAACCAACGAAACUCAGACCUACUGGGGAGGUUCUGCGCCCGGCCCGCAAAAAUGCACUUGCAGCUUGGAAGGGAACUGCAUUGAUGACCAAUAUCACUGCAACUGUGAUGCUGACCGGAGCGAAUGGACCAACGACACUGGAUUCCUUUCUUAUAAAGAUCAUCUGCCAGUGACUAAGAUAGUGAUUACAGACACCGGCCGGCCCCAUUCAGAGGCAGCUUAUAAGCUUGGACCUCUACUUUGUCAGGGAGACAAGUUGUUCUGGAAUUCUGCCUCCUUCAAUACUGAGGCUUCGUACCUUCACUUUCCGACUUUCCACGGAGAACUCAGCGCAGAUGUGUCUUUCUUUUUUAAGACAACAGCUUCAUCCGGGGUCUUUUUAGAGAACCUGGGCAUUACUGACUUUAUACGCAUAGAGCUACGCUCUCCAACAAUAGUGACCUUUUCAUUUGAUGUGGGGAAUGGGCCUUUUGAAAUCUCUGUGCAGUCACCCACCCAAUUCAAUGACAACCAGUGGCAUCACGUUAGGGUUGAAAGGAACAUGAAGGAGGCCUCCAUUCAAGUUGAUCAGCUACCACCCAAGAUACAGGCUGCCCCGGCUGAUGGCCAUGUCCUUUUGCAGCUCAACAGUCAACUCUUUGUGGGUGGGACAGCCACAAGACAGAGAGGCUUUUUGGGCUGCAUCCGGUCACUGCAAUUGAAUGGGGUAGCACUGGAUCUGGAAGAAAGAGCCACAGUGACUCCCGGAGUACAGCCGGGUUGUCGAGGCCAUUGUGGCAGCUAUGGGAAGCUGUGUCGCCAUGGGGGGAAGUGCAGAGAAAAACCCAGCGGAUUCUUCUGUGACUGCUCUUCCUCUGCCUAUGUCGGGCCAUUCUGCUCAGAUGAGAUUUCUGCAUAUUUUGGAUCUGGCUCAUCAGUGAUUUACAGUUUCCAAGAAAAUUACUCCUUAAGCAAAAACUCCAGCUCCCGUGCUGCUUCAUUUCAUGGUGAUGCAAAGCUGAGCAGAGAAAUGAUUACAUUUAGCUUCCGAACAACAAGAACACCAAGCUUACUGCUUUAUGUGAGCUCUUUCUACAAAGAAUACCUUUCAGUUGUCAUUGCCAAAAAUGGAAGUUUGCAAAUAAGGUACAAGCUAAAUAGAUACCAAGAGCCUGAUGUUAUUAACUUUGAUUUUAAAAACAUGGCUGACGGGCAACUUCACCACGUAAAGAUUAACCGAGAAGAAGGAGUGGUCGUUGUGGAGAUUGAUGAGAAUGUCAGGAGACAGGUAUACCUGUCAUCGGGGACGGAGUUCACUGCAGUCAAAUCUCUGGUACUGGGCAGGAUUUUAGAACACAGCCAUGUGGACCAAGACACUGCACUGGCUGGAGUGCAGGGCUUCACGGGCUGCCUUUCUGCGGUGCAGCUCAGCCACGUGGCCCCUCUGAAGGCGGCCCUUCGCCCCAGCCACCCAGCCCCUGUCGCUGUCACGGGGCAUGUGAUCGAAUCCAGCUGUGUGGCACCUGCUGGCACUGAUGCCACAUCAAGGGAAAGGACACACUCAUUUGCAGAUCAUUCUGGGACGAUGGAUGACAAGGAGCCCCUCACUAACAUAAUCAAAAGUGACUCAGCAGUAAUUGGAGGUUUGAUAGCUGUUGUGAUCUUUAUCUUGCUCUGCACCACUGCCAUAGCUGUUCGCAUUUAUCAGCAGAAAAGGUUAUACAAAAGAAAUGAGGCAAAAAGGUCAGAGAAUGUAGACAGCGCUGAAGCCGUUUUGAAAAGCGAGCUUAAUAUACAAAAUGCAGUGAAUGAAAAUCAGAAAGAGUACUUCUUCUGA